CAAUCCUCCGCCCGUCAUCAUGGCCCCGACUAACGGUUCCCCAGACCCUCAUCUUGACGAGGGCUUCUUUGAUUCCAUGUUCACGUCGCUAGCCGCCCCGCUCGCUGGAUCAAAGCGAGAUGCGGCCGUCCUGAGCGGUGAUGACGCCCAAACCCAAAGCCAAUCGCCAUUCAAGGCGACAGGUACGGGCCCGAGGGAGUACCCAGCUGAACACGUCAAUCCACAAGUUUUGUGCUGCAGUCACUGCCCGGAAGUGCGCCCGUCCAAACGCAGGGCUUCGUCGCACAAGGUUGGUGAGUUUCACAAUUUGACAGCAGAGUCGCACCCACCGAUUGGCACAGACCAGCAGUUUCCGGACGACUGCUUUGAAAAGUUCUGCCAGGAGUGCAACUUCGAUGCUUCUUGUCCGCCGGACUGUGAGCUGGUGUGUCCUGGCGACGAUGCCUGUGAUGCUGUCUGCAUGCCGGACUGCACGCCGGAGCAUGCCUGCUUCGAUCCUCACUGCUCUCAGAGCCCAAAGCAGUGCUCAGACGGCUGCGUAGAUCCCGAGUGCACUAAACUGUCCUCCCCGGACCAACCGUGCUUCUGCCAGAAGUGCGAGGCUCCUCCUUGUCCUUUAGGGGACCCGAACAACGACUGCCACUUUGCACACUCAGCACCUACUGAUGCUGGCACCAUAUACUGCUACGACAACGCACCCUGUCACUUCCAAGAACAGUAUCCAAGCCAUACUGGUCCGCUUGCAAGUUACGAGACCUACCCAUGCUUCUCGUCAGCUCACACACAUCUCAACGGAGACACUGCCUCGACACACGCCUCGACCGCGCCCACACCUCUGUUGUCGCCCAGCAACUACACCUCACUUGAGAGCGCUUUCACGAGCGAAGCCUCUCCAGCACCUGGGCAUGCUGCCUUUGCCAACAAUUGCUUCCUCAACAUCAGCGGGGACCACUGCCAUAUCGAUAACUCCUGUUGUCAUGGACCGAGCAGAGCUUGUGGAGACCAUCCUUCCGCGUCCCAGAACAAUCUCGACCUGUGGAAUAAUUCUAUCGCCCAAGGCAAUGGGUUGUCCAAUGGGUUCAUGAGCUUUGGUAUCCACAGUCAACCUACCUCGCCGGCCACCAUGGGUGGCAUGUCGAAUGGCAACAUGUUCAACAACCAGUUCGAAAACUCGAUGAUGGGCUUCAACAACGGUACCAGCAGUUGGAUGCUCCCCGACUCGUCCUUCGACCAUUUCUCCCACGGCAUGGGCGCCAGCAAACUCGACUUCCUCGCUUCCGCCAUCCAGCAAGAGAUAAUGAACCCCAUGAACUCUCUCACUACCACGCCCUCCAUCCUCGACACCCCAACACACACCAGCACACCCUCAGGCGACGCAAACUGUAUCUGCAAAUGGCAACAUGCCCCUGGGCUGCUCUGCCUCGCCAUCUUCCCCACCGCCUCAGCACUCCACAAACACAUAAAAACCGCGCACGUCGACAACUGCGCGUCGUGCUUCUGCCAAUGGGAGAACUGCGACGCCUCCAGUAAAGACUUCAAGCAGCGCUCCAAGCUCUCGCGGCACUUGCUGGGCCACGCAGGCUACCGGCCGUACGCGUGCAGCUACGCAGGGUGCGACAAGACAUUCGCGACGAACCAAGCGAAGGACAAUCACGAGCGGACGCAUACGGGUGAACGACCGUAUGUGUGCGAUCGGUGCGGCUACACAACAACGACGCAUACGCAGCUGCAGACGCACAUCAGCGCGCUGCACGAGGGGAAGAAGCCGCACAAGUGUCGGUUUUGCGACUUUACAUGCGCUGAUAGCAGUAAUCUGAGUAAACACGAACGCACGCAUCAGACGCUCCGCCCCUACCGCUGCCCCCACGCAAACUGCACAUUCAAGCCCGACUGCCGCUGGGAGAAUCUAAAACGACAUCUGCGCCGGUCAGGACACUGCCCCGAGCUGCUCAUCGAAGCGAGUGAAGAGUACAGAACAUACCGCGAGAGCGUGAGACGCGAGAUCGACGAGUGGCAUAAGAGGAACGGGGACGAAGGAGGUGCGAAGAUGAGUCGACGCAAGGGGCGAGGCUCCGUGGGGUCAUGAGUCGACGGUUGCCAAUUGCGGUUUGGAGGGGAAAUGGACGAUACCAGAUGUACAUAUCAUCAUCAGCAGAACGAACAUAACGAAGUAUAUGCACUUGGAAGCCAUAACUCAACGUGGUCUUUGGUACACGAUCC